GCCGUGUAUGCCCGCGCUGUUCAGACAUGUGUGUUAUAGUGUAGUGUCCCGUGCGUCGAAUUCGAUCACUCCAUAGAUUGUGCAACUCGAAGCCAUGCUGUUCCUUGCCUCAUUGCUCCUGGUGCUGAGUGGUCUUCAGGUUAUGCCUGAUGCUGAGAGCUUGAUUGUGGGUGUCGGAGUAACGGGCAAGACAGAAUCCUGCAUCAACGAAGGAGAAGUUGUAAACACUGACAACAUCAGCAAAUCACGAUGUUUUACAUGCACUUGCAAGAACGGCUAUGUUGAAUGUGCCAAGGAAAGAUGUCUGGGUGCUGAAGGUUGCUAUAUGUUGCUGGACCAUUCCAACGAUGGCUGCUGCUACAAAUGCAAGGGCUGUCUGCACGAAGGUGUCUACCGGGAGAGUGGCUCACAGUGGCGUGACCCCCGACGUUCCUGUCGCAUACUCAGCUGCAAGGCGGGGGUCGUCACCGAGACCGAGGAGGUCUGCUACACACCCUGCGCCAACCCUCGACCACCCAGGGACGGCCAGUGCUGCGGCAUGUGCAAAGGGUGUCAGAUCAAUGGACAAGUGGUAACAUCCGAGCGCAACGUCACUUCCACUGAAGACCCUUGUAUCAAGUGUCACUGCCAAGACGGGCACAUGACCUGCACCAAGAAGGCCUGCCCUGUCCUCAACUGUCCAGACUCAGCUGUUGAAUACAACAAGGGAGAAUGCUGUCCCAAGUGCAAAGGUUCCCGUCGACUGAUCGAGCCGCCCAAAGGCAGUUGUCUACUGAAGCUCGGUCUGCACCAGUCCGGUAAGACGUUCCAACACGACGAUUGUACAGUCUGUGCUUGUAACAACGGCACCCUCCACUGCCACCGGGCAUCUUGCCCACCCCUAGACUGCCCGGAGGAGAUGCAGGUCAGAGUGCCCGGCAUCUGCUGCCCGUACUGCCCGAGGAAACCAACACUGCCUAAGGGAGAGUUGUACACUUCUUGCCGAGUGGGAGGUCGCACUUAUGAGGAUGGAGAGACCUGGAAGCUGGAUCAGUGCAAGUCUUGUGCCUGUUCCGGGGGAUUGAUCCGUUGCGCGAUGCCGGAAUGCCCUCAAGUAGGCACGUGUCCUCCGAGGUUCAAAUUACAACGAGAGCCUGGCCAGUGCUGUCCCAAGUGUGUGGAGGAGGACGGAGUUUGCACAGUGUUUGGCGACCCACACUACAAGACGUUUGACGGAAAGUUCUUCAGCUUCCAAGGAUCUUGCAAGUAUCAACUCGUCGCAGACUGCAGUAAGGAGAAGAGUUUUAACAUCCGAGUGACAAACGAUGCGAGAAAUACUAAAACAUCGUCGUGGACCAAAACUGUAUCUCUUAAGGUCGGAGGUAUUAAAGUGAACCUCGGUGAGAGACAGAGGGUGAAGAUAAAUGGGGUGAAAGUGACGAUCCCGUACAGAAUGUCCAGUGGCCAAGUGACCGUGAGAAGAGAAGAUGAAACGUUACACGUUCACACACAUCUGGGGGUGAAGGUGGUGUGGGACGGAAUGAGUUUCUUGGAAGUCUCCGUCCCGGCUAAGUACAAAGGCAAGCUGUGUGGUCUCUGCGGAAACUUCAACUCAAUGUCUCGAGACGACCUGAUGACAAGGCGAGGCAGAGUUGUACUUGACCCAGACAAGUUCGGUGCGUCUUGGAGAGUUGGCGGCAAACGAGCCUGCAUGCGCAAUAAUGAGCCACCCACAAGAGCUAUCCAGUGUAGCCAACAUCUUCCACAGCGAAGGUAUCGGGACCGGCUUUGCAAGCCUUUGAGGACAGAGGUUUUUGCUCCGUGCCACAAGAGGCUGAAUUACGCAAUGUAUUUCAAGUCCUGCUUGCUAGACAUGUGUGAAUGUCCUGGCCGCAAGUGCUAUUGUGAGUCGUUCACAGCGUAUGCUCACGAGUGCGCGAGGCUUGGUGUCAACCUACCGUCGUGGCGUGAGGACACUGGCUGUCACGCGCUCUACUGAGUGCUGCUCCUCUCGCGCUCGAGCGCAAUACCCACUCACUAGUCAACUCCUCUCCCCCUACCCCCACCCCUCACCUAGCGCCAGUUAAUUAUACCAGUGAGAUCGGCGCAUUGUUGUUGUUGUUAGUCGUUGUCGUGUCAGUAUUCCCGCUUUGCCGGAUGUGGAGCACAAUUUCGACCAACCGUUGACAUUCUGCUCCGGCAUCCUUGUAGUUAGUGACUGGAUCACGUGUUGUAUAUAUUUAUACAGUUGCAAACUAAGUGUAUUUUAUUUAUGUUAAAUAAAAAUACAGCGAGAGGCCGAAAAACAUUUGAGAGAAGCUGAGAGCAAUGUAGGAAUUUAACUUGUCAACAAUGUAUAUAACUUUGAAAGAAAUUGUAAAAAGUGAUGUGACAAAAAUACAUAAAAAAUCAUUAAAAUUUAAAAUUGGAAAGAAAUACUUUUACCUUUUUAAAACACUGUUAAGGAAUCUAUCAACCAAUGAUGUUACUUAAUAAAAAGUAAAAUUAUAAACUCUUGAACCAUUUUAUUGUUAUUGAGUUGGAAUUAGUAUUGUUCCGCCCUAAAAAAUCUUUACACAAUAUCAAAAUGAAUUCACGAAGCUUCAAAUUUAAACAAAAUGUUUUUCGGCUUUACACAAAAUGUUUAAUAUAUUAAAUUGUUUAUUUGAUAAGUAUUAAAGUAGAUAUAGCAAGUUAUAUACCAUUAAGCCUAGUUUAAUGAUUAUUUUUAUAAUUAGAGUAGGAUUAUAGGACCUAAAUGUUUACCUUUUGAUUCACUGUUUACAAUUAUCUACCAAAGACAAAUGUAAUCGUUCAUUCACUCAUAAAAACUCAUCGUUCAAUAAUCAUCAAUUUUUUCCUUUGUUUAUGUUGAAGUUUAUUUGUAGAGUGUCAAUGUAUGUUUGAUUGAACAAUUUUACUUUCUUGAUUGCUAUAUUUUUUUUAAGGUUGGCAGCCUCUUGGAACAAGAAACUUUGGAUUGUGCUUGACUAGAGGUCUAUGGUCUAAGUCUAGAGGACUAGAACACUAUUAAUUAUUUAUUUUGAAAAAUCUCUUAGAGGUUGAAAAAUGUUUUAUAUGAGAUAUACGAUAACAAUAAUAUGUUAUAAUAUAUUUUUAAUAUCGUUGAGUGGAAAAUGACAAAUGUUAUUGCUUGGAAUGAUUUAUAAUUACUUUUAUACUAAAGUAUUAAACGUUGAAAGAAUGUAUACAAAAGAAAAAUGAACAAACAAGGUAUCUUCGACAAGAACCUCUUUUUAAAAAUCCUUGCAUUUAUUUAUUUGAUAGGAAUUUAUUGUUUUGGCUGGUCCAAAUUUAAUGUAAGUUUUUUUUACGUUGUGUUUGAUGAACAAACCUAUGUGAACAUAAGAAGCAUACUGAAAUUAAUAGAAUUAUGAAAUUAAAUGUAAUAACUUAGGUUAUGAAAUAUUUCUAUAGCUCUGUUAACUUUUUUAACUGUGCUGUUAUUCCCCUCUCUGAGGAGUAUACUGUUAGGAUGUACAUUUUUACACGUCUUACUUUUCUCUUUAUUUUUCUGUUUACUAUUACAAUACUUCCCUUAUACUACUGAAAACUCUACUAUAUAGUGCAAUACUUGAUCGAUAAUAAGAAAAAUGUUCUUCUUUCCAUAAUUGCCAUCAAUUUAAUUAAAAUAAGCACAAACUGAAAAAAAAAACAGCCAAAAUAUUCAUUAUUAAUAUAUUAUAAAGCUACAAAUUCUUUGAAUAUUUAAUAUCGGGCUGAUGAUUUUUAAUUUGUAAUUUUACAAAAUAAUACGCAGGUUAAAUAAAAUUUAUAAAAUUACAAAGUAUAGAGCUUUACUUCAUUGUGCUGUUUAUAUGUUAAGUUAUUUAGAUGUGUUGUAUUAAGCGUUGAACCUAUUAAGAAUCAAUUUAAAAAUGUUAUGUGAACUUUUUGUCUUAUGAUAAACUCCUUAAUGCCUUAAAAGGUGAUUAAAUAAAUUGAUGAAUUUUCUAAAUGUUUAUCCACAUUAAAGCAUACGAGAAAGGGCAUGUAGUUAGUAUACAGUAAAAUUUCUUAACUUUAGAAUAUGUUUGUCUUUAAGAAACUUCAAUUUUGGAUAAGCAUGGAUUUUAUCCUCUUGAAAUAUUUCUUACUAUUAAAUCUACUAGGUUUUACUUCCUUAACCCACAAAAAUUUCUUCAAUUUUUUAAAGACCUUUUAGAUAAAAAUUAGAAAGAAUUUUAAUAAUUUUAAAAUUGUAAUGAUUUUCUCCAAUCAAAAGGAGACAGUUGUAAAGAUCUCAUGAUAUCCAUCACCAUGUCUGUAAAUAGCCAUAAUUUCAAGCAAUGUGUUCCUAAUGUAUUUUACUAUAUUAAUAUAUUUUAGGUAGUAUUUUUAUUUGGUUUGUAACUAUUGUACGAACUGGAAAUAUCUCUAUAGUGUAAUUAUUUUUGUACAUAGCCUAGUGAAAAUUAUUUAAGAAGAGGUGCAAUUGUAUGUAACUUGUUCGAUGUAAUUUGAUUCAUUCCUAUAAAAUAUUAAAUAAAUUCUUCAACUCUAUUCUCAAGAGAAA